AUGAAAAGAACGCAAAUACCAUCAUCAAACAGGCCAAUUUUAAAGACAAUUCUUGUUGGUAAUACAGGUGUUGGUAAGACUUGCCUUAUAUCGUCAUCCUUUAAGAAUGCUUUUGAAACAAAAUCCAAUCCCACUGUGGCCCCAUCCUACAACUUUACUGAUAUAGUUAAUUGCGACAAGGUUAGCGUUCGCUUACAAAUAUGGGAUACUGCUGGACAGGAAAGAUAUGUAUCUGUUUCACAAUUGUUCUUCCGUGAUUCAGAUAUCGCCUUUGUCUGCUUUGAUUCAUGCGAUAAGGAAUCUUUUGAUGGAAUUAAUAAUUGGGUGUCACGUGUUCAUGAUGAAGUACCAAGUUGCAAAUUAUUUUAUGUAAUUACUAAGUCAGAUUUGCAUACUCCUCAAGAAAUCGAUGAAAUGCUCGAAAAAGUUGUUAACUUUUUAGGUCCUGAAAAUAGGGAGAAAAUUUUUGUUACAUCUGCUAAGAACCGAACAGGAAUUGACGAAAUCUUCCUCAGUGCUGCCAACUCAUAUACAACUCCGCAUCCACAAGCUACUUCAAAGGUUAAUAUUGACGAAAAAUCAGAAAAAUCUGGUUGUGCAUGCUGA